AUGCGCAUAUCUUCCGAAAAGACACCCGAAGAAGCUCAAAACCUGAAGAAGGCUCAGUAUACGCCGCCCUUGAGCACCUCGACUUACCACCUGUCAGGCCUCGCAAGGGAUGAGAUCCGCGCGACGGCCAAACUGCAGGACUUGACGGAGGCCUUGUCCGGUGCUCUCGACGUGGCCAGCAGAUAUCUGUCGUCUUGGGAGGAGCUCGAGGCCGCGGGCGUGGAUGCAGAAGGAUUCGCGAGCCAUCCCCUGCACGCCUACGCCCUCACCAAGCACGUGAGUCUGGGCUGGCCGCACGUGCAGGCUUCCUUACGUGCGCUCAGUGACCGCUCCCAGGCCAUAGAAUUUCUGCUGGGCCGCACGAGAACCCGCGGCGUCCCCACGGGCGAGGACCUGGCCACGGUGGCGGGGGGGCUGGCCAGGCUGCACGACUACUACAGCCUCAACCUCACCGCCCUCGCCCACGCCCAGCUCGUCUCGGCGAUCGACGCUCACCCGGUCCCCGCUAGAAUCACGCCCACAGCGCUCGACCUGCACCGCAUCGGCUCCGCAGCCGUAUCUCAUAACGUCCUGAACUCUGGCGUGGACUUCCUGAAGGCCGCCCUGGACCGCUGGGAUGGCAACGCCUCCUUCGUCAGGAGCUUAGAUGCUUUUGACGCGCACGUAGAUCUUGAUGAUGUUAUGAAGACCUUUAAGAAAGCAACGAGAAUUCACGACCAGCUUCUCGAGAAAAAGGGCUCCCGCUCCAAACUGCACAGCACACACGCCUCGCCGCUCAACAGGACGCUGGCGAGGAAGAGGAAGUACCACAAGAAAGAAGAGGUUCACCUGGGUAAGCUUGGGGCCGAAGCACAGGGUAUGAAGCAGUAUUUGCGUCUGUGUCGUGGCGAGGAUCUCAGGCCAGUUGACAUAACGUCCCGCCUGUACUGCCGCUACGUGACCAACGGCUCGCCACUCUACAAGAUCGGGCCGCUGCGGAUGGAGGUGCAGUCGCUGGACCCGUACGUGGUGACGUUGGAGGAGGUGGUCACGCCCUCGGAGGCCGCCGCCCUGGUGAGAUCGAGCGCAGGGUUUCUCGAAAGGUCCUCCACCAUCAGGAACAACGGCGGGACACUGGAGAGCUUCAUGAGGACCAGCUCUACGACUUGGUUACCGGAUAAUGGCCACUCUCUGCUGUCUGUUCUCACGCACCGCAUUGAACAGCUGAUUGGCGUCAAUGCACGUGAUGGCGACGGAGCAGAAGUCUUUCAGGUGGUGAACUACGGCGUCGGCGGCCACUUCAGCGUCCACCACGACCACGUCCCCCUUGGCCUCGUCAAGGACCGUAUGCUGACGUUCCUGAUGUACCUUACUGAUGUUCCUCAAGGUGGGAGAACUGUGUUCCCGUGGGUGGGCGCGGGCGUGCGUCCUAAACGUGGUUCUACACUCCUGUGGUCCAACAUGAACCGCGCGGGCGUACCAGACCACAGGGUUCAACACGGCGCUUGUCCAGUACUCAUGGGUGACAAGUGGGUGAUGAACAAAUGGAUUUACUACGGCGGGCAGUUCCGGACUCUUCCCUGCGUCCCCGGAGAUCCGUCCGCUCCUAUCCUACGGCCUUUGCGCUGA